ACAAAAACCUUUUAGCACUAACCUUUCUCAAAACAAAGGCACAGAGAAUUGAAAAGUACUAAAAGAUUCUUCAAAAUCAUUAAUAAGGUUUUAAGUACUAUACAUGCGCCGUUAAUGUCACUAACUACAACACCUGGCCACUUGACUCACCUUAAUUUCAACUUUUCUUUCCAACUCCCCUUUUUCUUCUCCACAAAACCCAAACCCUAAACUCCACCUUUGUCCCUCAGUCAUGGAUUCCCUGAAGCAAAAGGAGCAGGCUUGCACGAGACCAUUUUGUUUCUUCUGCACCAUGAAAGAACCAGACUCCUUUAAGAGGAGAGCUGGAAUAUCAGCCUGCUUCAAGGAACUACCACUCGGAGAAGACCAAGGAAAUGUUCUGGUGCUGAGCAGUCUAUGGCAAAUUGCUAUGACUCACCCUGAUGACCCAGAGUUCCCAUCACUUGGAAUCUUUGAGUGCAUGGCAAAGCUAAUCUUCAAAGGCAUCAACAACAAGUGUUGGCUUCAAACAGACCAAAACAUCUACAUCCCUUACUAUGCAGCUCAUGCCAUUGGCUCUUACACCAUGAACAAGGCUGAGUUUGCCGAAAAGGCGGUAGCUUCGGGCGUAAUUCCACCAUUGCUUGAUCUUCUGAGAGGAAAGAUGAGUUGGGUUGAGCAAAGGGUUGCUGCUCGAGCGCUCGGUCACCUUGCAAGCUAUGAAAGAACCUCUGAAGCUGUAGCACAAUAUGAAGAAGAGGUGGUAAGAUCAGCCAUGAAAGUAGCUUCUACAUGUCUUCAUGUGGUGUAUAUGAGUUUUGUAGGAGUGAAGGAUAAGAGAAAAAGACAAAAAUACCACUGUGAUUUGCUCACAAGAGGUGUUGGUGGAUUAGAAAUGGAGAUUUGCAAGGCUGAGGAGUGGGCAAGUCAACUCCAAUGUUGGUCUCUCAAUAUUUUAAAUUGUUUUGCUUGCAAAGAAAAGUCUUUGAAUCUCAUUUGCAAGCAAGACUUUUUGAAACAAUUGUGUGGAAUGUGGGGUGGUUUGGCCAAUCGCUCAUCACCAGCUGGUGUUGGACUUAUUAGAAUCUUGUGUUACAGUAAAUAUGGGAGGAAAAAAAUUUCUGAGUCGAGAGAAGUUAUAGAGAGCCUCUGUAAUAUCUCGAGGUCUUCAGAUGAUUGGCAGUACAUGGGAAUCGAUUGCCUUUUGCUGCUCCUCAAAGACCCAGAUACGAGGUACAAAGUUAUCGAUAUUGCCGCCUUGUUUCUUGUUGAUUUGGUUGAGCUAAGAAGCCUUGGAGAUAGAUCAAACUUAGGUGAAACAAUCACAAAAGCCCUACUUCUUGCAAAUUACAAGCAGGGAAAAUUGAACAACAACAGGAAAAUUGAAAAGAAUUUAGAAGAGCUGUGGAAUUUGAAAGUGGAGAGGAGGAAGAGGGAAAGAGGAUUGUGUCAAGAAAAAAUUGAGAAAAGAAUGGUUUUGGUGGAUGUAAUAAAACAAGAAGCAAAUCAUAUGUUUUGUUUGGGAGAAAUAGAGGAAGCCAUAGUUAAGUAUUCUGAAGCAUUAGAAUUGUGCCCAUUAGGGUUGAGAAAAGAAAGAAUGGUGCUUUAUAGCAACAGAGCUCAGUGUCAAUUGCUGAUGAGGGACUCAGAUGCUGCCAUUAGGGACUCAACCAGAGCUCUAUGCUUGUCAACUCCAGUGAAUUCUCAUAGUAAAAGCCUCUGGAGAAGAUCACAGGCUUAUGACAUGAAAGGGUUGGCUAAAGAAAGCUUGAUGGACUGUUUGGCGUUCAUCAAUGGCUGCAUCAAGUCUGAGAGUAGCAGGCGGGUGAAGAUUCCACAUUAUGCUGCACGUAUGAUCAGCAAACAGAUGGAGGCCACGUGGCUCUUCUCGACUGCCCGGUCAACAAUGGCAACUCGUCAAGACUUUCAAGUGAUGAAACAAGUACAAGAAUCAGAAGGGAAGGGUAACUUAUGUGAAAGUGGGGAUGACAAGCAAGACUACCGUGAUGAAAUUAUGAGAGUUAUGAUGGAGAAAAAAGGUCUGUCCACCAUUUUAGAAGAACCUUUAAUUGUAAAGGAAGAGAGUAGGAGGAAGAUGGAAAGGACAAGAAGGGUGUAAGGGUUGCGUUGUGGCUCGAUCAAUGUAAGUCAAUUGGGUUACCAAAUGUUUUAGACCGAUAUGGCCACAAGAUGUUAUGUGUAAGGUGUUUGCCCAAGUUAAACGAAGCUGUUCAGAAAAUGAAACAACACCAUUUAAAAAAUAAUAAUAAUAAAUUAUACAAGCGAUUUCGGAGGAUGAGAUGAGAGUUUUCUUUUUUCACACACACUUCACCGGAUAAGCAAAGUAUAAGGUAGGCUUUUCUAAUUGAAUUAAAAUGUUAACUAAGUGAGAGAAUAUUCGGACUGAGAUGAUCUAAUGACAUACUUUGUAUGUGGUAAUUAGAUAAUAGCACACGUACAAUAUUUAUAUGUAAAUAGUACUGUUUCAAUAGAAAGGUGGAGAGGACCACUUGAGCAUAUUGAUUUAACAAAUUUUCAAAUGAAGAGCAAGACGAAAUGGAAAAGGGAAAAAGGAGUACCUAAUCCCUCAACUUGACUUUGUGGUUUUGCACAUGGCUCUUCUAAAUUUAGUGAACUUUAUGAUCUUGAAUUUUUAUUUAUCAUAAUGAUAUUAUUUCUACUGUAGUUCAAAUUAAGAAAAAAUUACAAGAGCUUAUAUCUUUCGUAUUAAUGAGAUAAUAAGGGCCCGUUUGAUAAUUUUUUUAUUUUUUAUUUUUUGUGCUAUAGUAUAAAAGAAAAUGAGUGUGAGAAUAGAAGUGAGGAUGAGAUUGAGAGAGAGAAUGAAAAGGGCGAUUUCUCUUAUUCCUCUUGUUCCCUCUUGUAGUGAACAUGAUUUGUCAUCUUAAGGUUUGAAAAUUUGAACAGAUACCUAUAACCAAUUAAUUACCGUGAGAAUCCUUUUCAUGAUUAGGUACAAGGAAAAAAGCGAUGUCAUGAUUUUGCCAUUACUUGCUAUAAUGUUCAUUAGGUAGCAAUGCAACUAAGGACAAAAUUCUCUACUUCACAAUAUGCAGCAAGUUUCUUUUUGUGGUAGGUAAGCUGUACAUUUCUGACUUCUUUGUCAAUUGAAACGUAACGGCUAUAAAAUCUAGCGGCUCAUAUUCAAUACUAUUUCCUACUUCCAUCAUCAAAUCGACAUACCAAUUUAAAGGAAACAAUUUUUUUUAUUAAAAAUAAAUAAAAGCUUAAUCAACGAGCAAUUAGAUAUUAACAACAUUAAAGCCCAAUACGGCGACGGAUUGUGGAAGAACGGAGGAGGAGGUGGAGUGUAGGUGUACAAGACUAGAACGUAAACGAAGCAGCUCGGAGGAG